CGUAUUGUCGUCACGCCCCGCGUGCUUGGCGCGGUAUAAAAAAAAAGGUCCGGUGCCUCCGGUUCCGAUUCCAAAGGUCGUCGGGGAGUUCACACUCGAUUCCGUCGCUCUCGCGCUCUGCUUCUUCUGCUCCAUCCGCUCCUCCCUCGAAGCGAUAGAGAGGGAGAAAGAGAGAGAGAGAACCGCGCGUUAAUGCCGUCUAAUCUCCUCGUUCUUGGUUCUGAGCUGUUUUUCCCGUUUUAGCUCGGUCUCCAGCACGUCCCGUCCUGCUCGAGAUGAUCUUGUCCGUGGGUCGGGGCCUUCGCCUCGGGUCUUGAGGUUCCUUUUUUUUUCCCCGCGAAUCUUCUCUCCUCGGCGGAUGGAUCGGUGGAUUUGUGCGCGGGGGCGGAGGAGUCCGCCGAUUGUCGUGAAGGUAUCGUGUCUCUUGCUGGCUUGCGUUUUGUCGUUCGUGUUCUUGAACCCUUCUUCCGAGCUUGCCGUUCCGAAGGCCAAGCACGUGUUCAACAACCUCGGCGGCGGGCAGCAGCACGCUUGCCGGGCCCUGCGCGAUUUAGAGGACUACAAGGCCAAGUGCCAGUACGUGAAGUCGAAAAACCCGUGUUCCUCCCAGGGCUAUAUCAAUUACCUGUACAUUUUCUACUGCACGUUCUCGGAUUCGCCGAUCCUGGGCUACGGUUUCUUGGUACUGUUGCUUGUCGUGCUGUUUUACCUAUUGGGGGACACGGCUUCCGAGUACUUCUGCUCCUCCCUCGAGGGCUUGUCUAGGCUGUUGAAAUUGUCCCCGACGAUCGCAGGGGUUACUCUGCUUUCGCUCGGCAACGGCGCGCCGGAUGUCUUUGCCAGCCUCGCCUCCUUCACUGGGAGCGGGACUCAGAGCGUCGGGCUCAACACGGUGUUGGGGGGCGCUUCUUUUGUGACCUGCAUCGUGGUGGGGAUCAUUAGCUUUUUUGUGCACAAAAGGCACUUUCGUCUGGACAAGUCUGCGUUCAUUAGGGACGCUUGCUUUCUUAUCCUGGUUCUCUUGUUCUUGCUUGCGAUCUUAAUCAAUGGGGAGAUCAAUCUAUGGGGCGCGUUGGGGUAUCUGUCGACGUAUGUUGCGUAUGUGGUCAUUGUUUAUGUUUCUCAUGCCCACUGGCAGAAGAAUUCUGACAUUGAAGGUGAUCUGUGUUUGAGUGAUGGAAACGAUGAUUUGACGUUGCCGAUUUUACAUGGCUUGGGGAAAGAACGACUUGCUUGUGUGGAGGAAACUCUAGAAGGUGGAUGUAAAUUGGAACUCGAAAGUCGUUUGCACUGUCGACCAUUGGGUUUGUGUCGUUGGUUUCUCCUUAUUCUAGAGUUGCCUCUUUAUCUGCCUAGGAGAUUGACGAUACCUGUUGCUAGUGAAGAGAGAUGGUCCAAGCCUUAUGCAGUUGCUUCCGUCACAUUAGCUCCGAUUCUCUUGACUGCCCUUUGGAGCUUUCAAGAAGAAAAUGCCAGUUUGAAUGCUAGGCUAGCAGUCUAUGGGGUUGGAUUUCUGAUUGCAAUUUCUCUGGGAGUCGUUGCAUUUUGCACUACUGAGUCAUCAAACCCACCUAAGCGCUGUCUGUUCCCUUGGCUCGCUGGAGGCUUUGUGAUGAGCAUAACUUGGAGUUACAUUACCGCACAAGAAUUGGUGGGUUUGCUUGUUUCUUUUGGAUAUAUAGUUGGGGUGAGUCCUUCUAUAUUAGGAUUAACUGUCCUGGCUUGGGGCAACUCACUUGGAGAUUUGAUGACCAAUGUGACAAUGGCCAUCAAUGGUGGAGCCAAGGGGACGCAAGUAGCAUUGUCAGGGUGUUAUGCUGGGCCUAUCUUCAACAUGGUAUUUGGCUUGGGAUUGUCUCUUGUUGGCGCUUCCUGGCAUAAUUAUCCAGCAUCUGUUGCCAUCCCCAGAGAUCCACUUCUUCUGGAAACUCUGGGCUUUGUGGUGGCUGGGUUGGUUUGGGCACUUGUGGUUUUGCCUACAACGGAUAUGAAGCUUGGCAGGGUCCUUGCGGGCGGUCUGCUAACUGUGUACAUAGUUGCUUUAUCUGUUAGGGUGAUACAAACAAUUGUAACUCCUUAGAUCUACCCUUUUAUUUGCACUCUUGAGCAUUCAGACCCGAGCCCAUUACCAGAUUCAUCUCCGGUAGUUUUUGUACAGGAAGUAAUUUUGCCUGUUUAUAUAGAAAUAUGUAAAUACAGAGUGACCAUCUUUUUUUGUCUA